AUGGAAGACGACGAUAUGGAUGCGUCGCUUGAUGGGCCCAUGUCCAAGCGUGCGAAAGCGCAGCGACAAAGGGUUCACAUAUCUGAAGAAUACGAGAAGAAGAUUGAUAGAAUUGAAGACCGCUUAGCUGGUAUUGAGAAUGUUCUUGCCAGUCUCGCAACGAAACUCGGCAGUCUGGACCUCCAGAAAGACUCGCAUGAAUCCAGCAGCCAAUCGCGGUCGAGCCGAGUUGGCCCUUCAAGGAGUCCUGGAAGUGUCCUCGUCGAAGCCCCCACACCCGCGCCAUUCGAGGGCGAGAGUUCUAUCAAUAGCCAGUCAGACUAUGCUCGCGAGAUGCUGGCACGAGCGAUCGGGAGUACACCCUCUAUUGGACAGAAUGAAGAAGUCAAGUUGGCACUUACUGCUCUUUCGGAGAUGGUCUCUCAGCACGGCCAAAACCCUGCAACUUCCAACCCCUUGAUCAACCAGUCACUUGUCGACAUUGACCCAUCGAAGCUGGAACGACCGCCUUGGGAAAUUGCGUGCUAUGCUUUGGAGAAAGCUAGUGAAUAUCCAACUAUGGCCUUCGCAGUGGUGUUUCCGUUCUUGAGAAUGGCCAAUCUCAAAGAGAUCUUCUAUGAUGUGUAUCAUAACCCAGAAACUUGUAGCGCCGCUCGCCGUGUGCUCACGUUCGGCGUGUUGGAGAACGUGUUCAACGAAUUCCGGACCUUGCCACUAGUCAAUAUGGACACCACCAACUAUCAAUCGUACGCCAUCAUAAGUCGCAGGCAAACAGAGGUAGCACUGUCGCAGCUAGCUAUAUUCUUACCGGCAAGCUACGAGAAUAUUAUGGCUUUGGUCCUUGGCGCUGCGCAGGCGGUCGAGAUGUGCAAGCCAUCUCUUUGCUGGAUUAUGAUAUCCAGCGCUGCGGGCUUGUGUCAGAGCUUGGGCUAUCAUCGAAUCAACACUAUGAUAGACGACAAUCCCGAAGACAGACAGACGAAGAUCCAUAUCUUCUGGAUGAUCUACAUGCUUGACAAGACGCUUUCGCUACGUUUGGGUCGCUCAAGUAUCCUCCAGGACUGGGACAUAUCGUUACCGUUUGUAGUAUCCAGCGACCCUAACGACAAGCACGCCGAAUCAAGCGCCUUCUUAUCGUACUGGAUUAAGGUUGCGCGAGUCCAGGGCCUGACAUACGAGAAGCUAUUUUGCCCUGCCGCCUUUACAAGAUCUACGGAAGAGCGCACGCGAAUCGCGAUUGAACUUGUCAACAGUCUUAACCAAGCCUGGUACGAGCGUGGGGAUGCGUCGAUCGUCGACUUUUCGCAACAAGGCCAAACGUAUCAUCUCGGUACGCCGAGAUCGAACAAAAUAGGCAACAGUCCAAAUGAGACACCACUCCCGUCUCAAUACAAGCGCUAUGUGCACAAAUCUCAGGGUAAACAAGGAUCAGAAGUCAACGAAUACGUUCAGGCCGAUACGUCCGACGUUGAACCAGAUCUAAACUCCCUUUCCGAAUUUGUCGGCAGCCUGGAAUCUUGCCGCACAAUUUCCGAAGGUGCAGACAAGCUCUACAAGAUGUGCCAUCUUUUCCUACGAGUUGCCAGGCUCUACGUCACGGCUAAGAAACAGGAUGCUGCGUCAAGAUCCCGGGGAGUUAUGCAAAAUAACCAGUCAGGGUAUUAUACAACCGUUGAUGGCACGCAGCUGGACCUCAACGCAAUGUCCCAAUUCGAUCCGUACCUUAGUGCGCUUGGAUUGAUGCCUGAUACCGCAUGGCCCACGACAUAUCCCAACGCUUCCACUGCAGCCACGACGACCGCGUUUGAGAAAGGCGAGGCGAUGAAUAACAUGGAUGCCGUUGGUUCGUCCGGCUUCGGUUUUGGAGCGUCUCAGGGAAAUUCCAAUCCCAUGCAGGACUGGUUCUCAGGCUCGCGCUAUCUCAUGAACCUUAUGGAGCCAGGCGACGAUCUACAAAUGCCGGAUCUAGACCUGUAA